AUGGCGCUGACAGAAAACUUUAAGAUGUUUACAUAUUUGAACUUGACUCAGGGCAUCCUCAGCAUUGGGUCAGGUGUCUUUCAGAGUGGACAGGUCCACAGCCUGCUCCUGUAUCCCUUCUACCACCAAACUGUUGCUCAGCUCCUCCUGAACAUCACAGCCCUGCUGUUGUUGUGUGGCAGCAAGGAGAAAAGUGUGGGCACUGUUCGCUUCCUGUACACAUUCCUCCUGCUUUCCUCCACAACCGGCCUCUUUUACAGCUUGCUGGACUUCCUGCAGGAUGAAGACAUGCAGACCCACGCUGAAGGUCUGCUCCCAGUGACUUUGGCCUGCGUGGCUCUGACCACCAUGCACACAAAAAUGACCAAAGGUUUCCUGUGUGGAGUCAGUUUUCCUUCCGUGGCCCUCCCAUGGGUCCUCCUCAUGAUCUGCACUGCUCUGAUUCCUCGUAAUGUCCUUCUCUGUAACGUCAUCGCCAUCCUGAUCGGCUGGGUGUAUGGAAAAGGAUGGUUCUCUCUUAUCGACAUGUCUGAGGCCAGGGCUGCAGUUCUGGAAAAGAUGGUGCCGUUCAGGUUGUUGAAGAGUUUCAGCGGAGGGAUGUUCAUUCCUGCGUCCGCAGAGGAGAGGAGGAAGACCCUGCUGCCACAAAUCAACCCCACUCCUGGGUCUUACCCGGUCCAAGCCUAUGCUCCUUUAUCCAGUUUCAACUCAAACACCACAAGGACAGCCUAUGAGGGCUGGCCACAUUUAACCAGUUCUUUUCCUAGUUCUGCACCAGCUCCCAAUCUUCAUGGACAUGCUCAUAUUGUUGGACACAAUCAUGGACACUCCUCAGGCCCGAGUUUCCCACACAGCUGCAACCACAGUCAUGGACAAAAACAGUAG